GAUAGCUUUGAGAAAGAGUUAAUUUUGACUGUGUCCUGAAUGGAGAAGAUGGGAGAAUGGAAGCAAAUGAGUCUGAUAAAUGAGCUAACCCAAGGAAGGGAACUAGCUAGGCAACUCCAAGCCUAUCUCAACGCGCCUUCUUCUUCUUCUUCUUCUCACGAAACUCGUGAAUUAAUAGUAUUAAGGAUCCAAGCCUCGUACGAGAAGGCACUUUCGAUGCUGAACUGCAAUACAUCUUUGUUAACUGAUCAGCCACAGUCGUCGGAACUAGUUAUCGGAUUAUCGGAGUCACCGCUUUCUCAUAGUGUAAGUCCCCGGAGUGAGGACUCCGACCAUGAUUUCAUGGAUCAGGACAAGAAAAGAAUAACUUUGCCGAGAUGGGCGCAAAAAGUCCUAGUGACACCCGGUGCAGCCCUGGAGGGACCUCUUGAUGAUGGCUUCAGUUGGAGGAAAUAUGGACAAAAGGACAUUCUGGGAGCACAAUAUCCAAGAGGCUACUACAGGUGCAUACAUCGAAAUGUACAAGGUUGUUUGGCAAGAAAACAAGUACAAAGAUCAGAUGAAGACCCAACAAUCUUUGAGAUCACUUAUCGAGGAACACACACUUGCAAUCUAGCAUCCCAGGUCAAGCUUCCCUUAGGAAUCUCAGAAAAUCAAGAACGAGGAACUAGCAACCAACAAAGGCUGUCUUCAUCAAUGGCGGCUCCCAAUAUAAAGGUUGAAGACAAUCUUGUCUUUUCACCUCCUGUGAUGGGUAACAGUAACUUUGCUGAAAAUGUUUCAUCUUCUUUUAUAUCUCCUGCUGCAACAUCCGUGAUGAGCGCUGAUCGUUUGUUGGACAACGUUGAUAUUCUAAAUUCUGAGCCUCAGCAGCUCACCGGCGUUUACCUAGCUGCCGCUUCAUCAACGGAUUCUCUCACUGUUGGCUUAGACUUCCCAUUUGGUAGUGACGAUCAAUUCCUCCCGAACUUCACAUUUGACAACAAUGGUUAUUUUUCCUGA